GACACUAAGCUUUAUUAUCCCCUUGUCUGUGGCGGGUGUUCUGGACAGAAAGAACGAAAUAGAGAGAGCUCUCAAUACUCUUACUGGAGCGAGGGUCAGUAUCUACUCAGUACGUCCUUACAACGACAGUCAAGUCAGGUCUGUGGCCUUCGCCUGGGUCGCGUAUCCUCUCAGUUCCAUGAUUAACGUUGUUACUUUGGAAAAUGCUCUCAGUGCUAUUUAUGGUCGACAGUACGUCCUCCAAGAUAAGAACGAGGUACGAGAGGUAAGACAAGAAGAUUACGACAUUGUUUUCUGGUUUCUCAUCGUCUUUAUUAUCUUACUACUGUUACUGCUUUUAAUCUGGUUGAUCUGUUACUGCUGUUACUACAGAGGACGAGCUAGGAAGAAGGACGCUGUGAACUCACCCAGUAAAGUCGGCCCCUCUGAACAUGUCGUUACAAUUAAAGAAAACAGUGACAAUGAUGGACAAAGAACCCUCAGAAAACAGGUGUCCAAUGAAGAUGACAUGCGCGUUUGGAGGUUCAAUAAACAUCCUGACUACGACAGAGAAGAGCUGAUCAGAACUGACACGGAACAUGUAGAAACUGAAAGAGAAAGGGGGACGCCUCGAGAAGCUUACCCACAAGACUCUAUGAACGAAGACUAUCGAGGCCGUGAUAAUAUGGAGUAUAGAGCAGAUCGAGUGGAACGAAUUUACCGAGAAACAAGGGGCGUUUCAGCAGAUGGCCAAGUCAAAAUCGCUGAUCUGCCAAGAGAUGGCGAUAGCGGGCAGCUUGUGGGAAAUAAUUACGUGGUGCGCAGAAAUAUGGUAAAUCGUCGUCGGAGAGAUACAGACAGAUACGAAAUGUACAGAACAGAAGAACUUGAUGACAUGCGUUACCUUGACCAAGAUGGACGAGGGCAUGAACCGAGACGAAGGGAGAUUCUCUAUCUAAGAAGCCCUGUACAUGAACAUGAUAUUCAAACUGUUAGGUACAUGGAACACAACGAUGAUGGACUCCAUCGUAGCAAUAGUCAGCCAGAACUUUACAGGGAACGACGGGAUUACGUAAAUACUCAAGAUCAAAAUGUGAUUUAUAGAACUCGCCCACACAAGGUUUUGUACAGGGAUGACUCCUUCCGCUCAGAUCCUCGAGAUCAUCAAUUGAAGUUCUCUAGGUAUCAUAGGACGAAUAGUGACGUUUAUUUGCCAAAUAGAGAUAAUGAUAUCUAUGGUCAACACGUGCAAUAUGGCAGGCCGCAGGUAGCUUGGACUGGCAACUUUAUUUUGCCAGAAGAACGUUACAGAAGGCAAGGAAAACCAGACCGGGACUCUCAGGCUGGAGAAAGAUGGGCAGUUGAGGAACGCUGGGAAGAAAGGUUUGAUGAAAACGGAAGAAACCAGCGUAAUUAUGAUAUUCAAAACAACAUUCAAGAAAGGGAAGAAGUAGAAAAGUUUAGGUACCAGAUGGGACAGCAAGGACCAUCUAGUCGAGUUCUUCAUGAAACAAAUCUUGAACAGUCAGCUGCGGAGAACAGUUCUCACGAACCUGUAAAAUACGAAACCCACCGAAACGAUGCUUCAGUAGAUCAAACAAACAUUAUCAGAGAAUAUCGGUACUUUAAUGAUGGAAAAGAAUUAAGUCUGCAGAAUAACCAACACAUGGCCUCUUCUGGGGGAGUAAGCGAGGCUCGUCAGGGGAAUAGUUAUCAGACAGAAAUAGAAGGUAAUAGGCGGUAUAUUGCAGGACUUCCAAAUCCAUUCAGUGGAAUUAAUUAUGUUUAUAAAGACGAAGAUGCAAGUAGGAGGGGAAAUCAAAAUUCUUUUGAAAAUAAUACUCAAAACAUAAAUCGUGAAUUUAUUCGUGAAAUGCACAUUAUCAAGGAAAGACCCGUGGCCAGUAUGGACAAUUUUGAUCAUAUGUCUGAGUAUCAAAAGGACAUUAAUAACCCUGGUCAAAUAAGUCAGCCAAACAUGGGUAUUGGAACUAAUAAUCCUCCAAAUACUUCUCUACAACCAAGAUCAGGAAACCAGAACAUAGGUGAUGAGGAUGAAAGACAACAAAUGACGCAAAGGAACCUUCAGACAGAAGAAAAUAAUGAAAGGGAAACAGGAAAUGUGAGGAAAGAUCACCAACAAAAAAAAGUAGAUUUUGCUGAAAUGUCUAAUGUACAACAUUAUCACGCCAAUGAAGAAUACAGCUCGAAAUUUCCUCAAGAAAAUACCAACGAUCCGAUUAACUCAUCAUUUGAUCAAACAACGUCCCAUCUUGGAGAUGAUGUGCCGGGUAAACCUGUUUACUUCUCAUCUAACAAUACUUCUAACGUAUACAACAACACUGUUUAUAAUAAUAACAGUGGAGAUAUAAAUAAGGAAGACCUUACAAAGGACACAAAUAAUGGAAUCCACGAUCACACUGCUUCUGAAGAAGAAAAGCACACAACAAAUGACAGCAGUAAGCCUCACAAUCAAAGUAGUAAUAAACAGCGUGAAAACAUUCAGAACAAUGCAGAUAAUCUCAAUUCACUUAAGGAGCAAGUCAGCGAUAAACGCAACAGUAGCGAUACACUUAACAAUGCAACAUCUCAUAAAGAUAACACAUCAAUCAACAAUAGUUCUUCUGGAGCAAAUGUUAAUCUGCCCGAGUCAGAAUUUAUUGAAACUGACGGUCACAGCUUGGUGAAAACUGCCAAAAGUAAAAACACCAGUAUACAAGAGUCAAACGAUAUUAACACAGGAAACAAUUUAAACGGGCAAAAACAUCAGCAAGACACAAAUAACUACAACUCUGUCCACCAAAACUCAGAAUAUAAUGUAGAAAAGCACGUUUCUUCAGAUCAGAACAAACAAGUAGCUAGCACAGAAGAUAACACUGUUAUAAGAACAGUAAAAGAAAGUAGAACCACCGUUUACGAAACUAUUAUCGACCCUUCAUUUAAAAAUCGUCACAACAAAAGCAUCGGUGGUAGUGAAAUAAGCAAAAGUAUUGGAGAGAAUGAGUCACGUACAUUCGAAAAUUCCGCACAAAAAGUUUCAUCAGCAGCGACUGGGUCUAAAGAUCAGAGCGUAUUUGAUCCAUUGCACGCAAAAACUACGCCCAACCUUAUAGAACUGCAGAACAAAACAAAACUGGACGACAUUCAGGAAACGUAUAACCAAGUGGAUAACAGAAAUUCGAAUAGAAUGAGUGAGGUCAACAAUACUAAUAGUAAAGAAGGUGGAGUCAAUGUCCUUGUGAAGACAAUGAACAACAAUAUGCAGAGCACUAACGACUCUGAUGACUCGAAACUCCAACAGCGUCAAACAAACCAGCAAUCGGAACUCACUGAAACACGAAAAAUUAGAAGGGGAUCUCUAGAUUCCUCUCUAGAACUAAUGGACAAUCAAACCAAUCUUGGAUUAAGUCAUGGGAACGAGACGUGGAGCGAUGAUUCGGACUCUGGUAUUGGUAGAGGGAAUGCUAGCAUAAGCAUGAAAAAGAACAAUUUCUUAGAGAAGAAAAGCUUGUUCACUAUUGCCUAUGAUGGAAUACAGACACGCCAGUUGAAAUCCCAAGACGGGAGAAUAAACACCCCGUAA